AUGGAUGCAACUAGAGUUCCACCAAAUUCUGCUCAGGAUAAAAAGUUCUGGGAGCAAGAAACGCAAGAGAUGACAAGCAGCCUUCUACAACAUGAUCUCACAAUUACCAGCGACAUGAACGUGAUAAGGUUCCAAAAAAGAAUUACUGGAGCGCUCAGUGUUCUCAUGGACUAUCCAACCAGAGUCCCAUAUCCCGAAUUCGAAAAACUAAGCCGAGAGGAACAGCCAAUGGUUACACAAUUCUACACAUUGAUGCGAACAACAAACCUUCAGGUACUUGUUGAUGUUGUGAUGCAAGCCACUCUGUCGCAUGUCAAACACACACUAGGAAUGGAGCAGCCAACUUUUGAAGACCUCUUAGCCAUGCCACUUCCAACAGAAGCCGACAAGAAGCUGUGGCUGGUAUAUUUUGACGGAACCGAAAGAAGAGAUGUCAUUGAGAUUCAAGAGGGUGCCCACGAAUCUGGGACAAUUGUUCGACGUGGUAAAUACGUUGGGUCUUCGGUGGAUAAUCGUGGUGGUGGUGUGAGGCUGGCAAAGCAUGAACGCGCUGCAGUAUCGAAGCAAAGCAGUGAAAAAAAGCAGCGCCACCAUGAAGAGCUUUGUCGACCAGGAUGCAAAGCCAACCUUCGGGUUUUAGCUAUCUUUCAUCAUAAUGUUGUUGAGAGGCCUUACAUUGGACUCCUCGAAACAUUGUUUGUGGCGUUACUGGGUACAUUUGUUAGACGCGAACGUCCAAGAACACACAACCCAGCAUGUUGUUAUGAGCUUUAUGACGAAAUGAGAGAGCGAUCCGAUAUGCCCGUGAUCGAAGGAGACGGCCUCAACGGAGCGCUGCCCAUCCACCAGGGAAUGACGGCGAUCAAACAUGCAGACCAAACGUUCUAUUGCACAGUAUGUGGCCAAGAGCUCAGGCCAUAUUCGAAAGCGCGAAACGCCUGCCGUUUAGUUGAUCGUGGAAAUCCUCUAGGAUCACGACGCUGUGGACCCUGCCAUACGGCAUUUUCAAAAGAUGGCAAGGAGCGCACUCCAGGACCAGAUGGAAAAUUUCGUAGCAGUGGCGGGAUGCGGAAGCAGCACCAGGCAUGGGUAGCUGAAGGCAAUGCUGAUGUUUGUGGAAACGCAGCAUGUGCAGCAUUGAGACAACCAGGGGCUAAUUUCAGCGGUUGGAUGGAGAAUGCGAGAUGUGGCGACUGCUACGCAUAUCUAUCAUAUUACAAGCAAAGUGAAAAUUCCAUUGCUGGUGUACAGGAGAGACAGCCAUCUGAGAAAGAGCUUCUUGCGCGAAAGCAUAUAUGGACCGUUGAGGAAGACGAACUUUUGAAAGCACAAUGCGAAUUGGGGAUGGGUUACGGAACUAUUGCCCGUGAUUAUUUUCCUGAUAUGCCUGCACAAACCUUGAGAAUUCGAAUGGGCAUUCUAAAAGCAUCCAGGAAAUUAUCACGACAGACAACCAAACCGAAAGCUCCACCAUGGAAUGACGAAGAAGUGAAGCUGUUGCAAGACGCCGUGGAAAAUAAAACCAAGCCGAAAAGUAUCGAACAUCUUCUACCUCAGCGAUCAAUAAGCGCAAUCCAUGUCAAGAUGGGGGAGCUCAGGAAAAAGGCUCAGAAGGAAACCGAAUUUGAUUCUCUGGGGGUAUAG